GAAUUAACAUAUUUUAUUUAAAUAAAUAAACCACCACCAAUAAUUUGUUUGGAUGCAAUUUGGCCAUACUGUCAGGGGUACAGUGGUCUUCUUAGGUUUUUCUGUUAAUGGAAUUGAGGGAAUCUGUGUGCUGUACUGCUAUUUAAUGAAAUUUACCCAAAAAAAGAAAAAAAACCAAUUUGCCGAAACAUAGCGAGUUAAAGCGACGCGCCGACGCGUAAGACUGAAAGCAAGUUUUCACGGAGGAGACCGGCUGAGAUUCGACGCGCGGUCAGUAGAUUUGAAGAAAACCGGCUAUGGAGGGAUUGAAAUUGGAGCAGAGGCACGGGAAAGCUAGGGUCAGAGUUGGUAGAGUGUGGAGGGAAGCGAAUGGACGCCAUCUAUUCGUCGAAUGGAACGUCAGCAUCAGCCUUCUCUCCGAUUGCCUCGCCGCCUACACACGCGCCGACAACUCCGAUAUCGUCGCCACCGAUACCAUGAAAAACACGGUAUACGUAAAAGCGAAAGAAUGUAAGCAGCCGAUUUCGGUGGAGGACUUCGCCAUUGUACUUGGGAAGCACUUCACAUCGUUUUAUCCGCAGGUAUCUAGUGCUAUAAUCAACAUAGUUGAGAAGCCGUGGGAGCGGAUUUACAUAGAUGGUCAACCUCAUCGACAUGGUUUCAAGCUCGGAUCUGAGAAACACACAACUGAAGUCAUCGUAAAGAAGUCCGGCUCCCUGCAGGUUAUUUCUGGUAUUGAAGGUUUGGCGGUGCUGAAGACAACCCAAUCGGGUUUUGAAGGAUUCAUAAGGGACAAGUAUACAAUAUUGCCCGAAACACGAGAGAGGAUGCUGGCAACAGAAAUCUCUGCGUCUUGGAGGUACCCUUUUGAGAAUCUUGCAAGCGUCCCUGCAAAACAAUCUUACUUCAUGGAGAAAUAUACGGAUGUAAAAAAGGUUUUACUCGACACUUUCUUUGGCCCUACUAAAGAAGGAGUCUACAGCCCAUCUGUUCAAAGUACUCUCUAUUAUAUGGCAAAGGCCGUACUUGCCAGGGUUUCUGAUGUAUCGUCGGUUAAGUUGAAAAUGCCGAAUAUUCACUUUCUACCAGUCAACUUAUCGAGCAAAGAUAAUCCUGUAAUUGUUAAGUUUGAGGAUGAUGUUUUUUUACCGACGGACGAACCACAUGGAUCGAUCGAGGCCACCCUGAGUCGCAUACAGUCCAAGAUUUGAAAUGCACUGCCUGAGCAGAUUUACGUAGUUCAUUGUCUGGGAAUAAAUUAAAUCCUUUUUUCUUUGUAAUAAGUUUGCCAUGUGUUUUUCAACCUCUUCGGUGUUUCGAUCAAGUAGUUUAACUCUCAGUGUAACCUUCUUCCAACCUUUUGUAUUUACUGUACAUACUUUUGUGAAUGUACAUUUCAUUUUCUCA